CGUCACAAGCCGUCACUGACAUAACAAUAACCUAAAAUUUGAAAUUAAAAACAUAUUUGUGUCCAAAAGUUAUCAUUCACUACUAUCGAAAAAGAGUGAACAGAAUGAAUAUUUCAAUAUUAAAAGUUAUUCAGCCUAAAAUAGGAGCUGGUCAGCUUACAAACCUGGCUGCAAUAUUAUCAUCACAAAUACAUACAUCGGCUCCUUUGUGUCGUGUUGUUUCGGGCAAAUACAGAAUUACGAAGAAGAGGGACCGACCACUAACAUAUGAAAUGGCUAAUCCUCCUCAUUUUAUCGCUCACCGAAAGUCUUGGAAUUCAUGGAACACUUCAAGUUUAAAAGGUGGCUUACGCAGAUCAGAGACUGCAGUUGAGGAUGAAUUUAUCAGAAGAUUUAUGACAGGCACUUGGCAUGGACUAGUUUGUAGCGAAGUCAUUAUAAAAAGACAGUUUAAUCACAUAAGGGUUGCGGCUAUCAUAAGACGAGCAGUAUCACCAACCAAAAUGUAUUUCCUACUCGGCUACACCGAAGAACUCCUGUCCAAUUGGAUCCAGUGUCCCGUUACUUUAGAAUUGCAGACUGUGGAUAGCUUCCAGGAUGUUGUUUUCAAAUAUAUUUAAAAGUAGAGUUAAGUAUGUUUUAUGUAAAUAGA